GUUCAAACAUGUAAUGCUUGAAAUAGUCACACACUAGCAAUGUACCUCAUGUACUAUGAAGAGGGCGCCUGCAGCCUUAUCUCUUUUUAACAUUUGAUCUAAUCAUUUUUUUUAUUAAAGAAUUGCGGGUCUGACAGCCUCGACAAGCUUUUACACUUUCGCAAAUGUUGAGCCCUGGGCAGACCUGACAGCCUUGACAACUGGCAAAGUUUCUCGAAGUCCUUCCCGACUCAGCCGACUCAGCCGAAAGGGUCUACGUAAGUCGUAACUUAAUGUCUUCUUAUCACAUCAUCUCAUCACUCUUCUUCCUUUGGUAGUUAUUACUUGCUUGAUUAGUUCAACUCGACUUGUUUAUUCUUGUGACACCUAUCUUCUAUUUCGCCGUCGCAUCCCUUCCUUUAUUUGAUAAACUAAUUCCGGCCUCUUCUACGUUCUUUCGCGGGAGAGUUAUCAUUAUCAUCAUCAUCAUAUUCGUAUCACACCAUCCGAGCGUUACCUUAGCACGCCAGUGCGACUCAGCUGAGCGCCAAAGCCGACCACCCUUUCAGCUCCUGAAUAAAUACCGCGUCAUUUGCUUCCUUCUCUAUAUAUUUAUAUCGCACUUGGAGGGAAGCCACAAAUAUGUCUGAACGGCGAACCAGGCGGCAGGCCGCUUUGGCAGCAGCAGCGGCAGCAACACCAUCACCAUCACCAACUCCCGCGGCUGACGAAGCUAACGACACUCCUACCGACAUCAGUCAGCACGAAGCCACUACGAACGUCAAUGGCAAUAACGGCAACGCCAAUGUAUCGUUAGAUCCUAAGGUCGAUAACUAUCCGAAGGAAAAUAUCUUUCUGUUUUGGCCCAAUAUUAUAGGCUACUCUCGUAUCGUCCUAGCUAUCGCAUCCCUCUAUUACAUGCCCCUUCAUCCGCGGACAUGUUCUAUACUUUAUAGUAUCUCGUGCCUCCUCGACGCCCUCGACGGCUAUGCGGCCCGUUAUUUUGAGCAAUCGACCAAAUUCGGCGCUGUUCUGGAUAUGGUAACGGAUCGAUGCACUACCUCAUGCCUACUCGUUUUCCUGUCCUCCGCCUUCCCGCGAUGGGCAAUUGUAUUCCAAGGGUUGAUUACGAUAGACUUCGCGAGUCACUAUAUGCAUAUGUACGCUACAUUGGCUAUGGGUGGUUCGGAAACCAGCCACAAGAACGUGGACAAGUCACGAAGUUGGCUAUUGAAUCUUUACUAUACCAACAAGGUUGUUCUCUUCGUUUGCUGCGCCCUUAACGAAAUUUUCUUCAUCGCCUUAUAUCUACUAUCUUUCUCCUCGCCACUUUUGUCGCCACAGCUCCUCGAACCCCUGGGCGAUUCGAAAGUCGCUGCUAUUCAGACUGGGGCACAAGUUAAUAGUUCAGUUCUUCGACAGCUGUUCACUAACCCUUAUAGCGCUGGUGCCUUAGAGCUGGCUCGCGCAAAUAAGAUGGAUUCGACUUUCCCUUGGAUCCUUGCUGGAAUUAGCGCCCCGAUCAUGGCAUUAAAGCAAUUCCUAAAUAUCCUUCAGCUCGUCAAGGCAAGCAGGUGGCUAGCCGAAGGCGACGUAAAGUCGAGAAGAGCAGCUGGUUUGCCGAGGCAGAAGGGCGGGAAGCGUGCUUAAGGAAAGCAGAUAUAUUUUCUAAGCAAGAGGAUGAUGGAUCCGCCAUCAGAUAGUUGUGUAAAAUAGCACAAGCCUGAACACAUUGGAGCCAUGGCGGUAGUGUAUACGAGGUGUCCUAUUUCAUUAAAGGAGCGUUAGGCAUUAGGAAGCCGGUACGGUUCUUAUUCAACGGUUGCAUAGAAUCGGACAUGGAAAGCAUGGAAAGGGAUCUGACUUGAUAACCGGUUAUGUUGGUCGCAAGUCGAUUAAGGGGGGGCUAAACAGGGUAAAUUAGGUGCAUGUCCACAGGACACCGAGGGGUUCGUCUUCGUUGUAUAUAUGUAAUCCUAAUAAUGAGUUUUCAUUAAACUCAGACGUGUGGUAUAGAGAGCAAUCGAUAGGUACGACGUUUUAAACCUAUCGUUUUAUGAUGGGAAAAUAUAUAGAAGAGAGUUGAUAUUGCAUACCGAGCUGUGAUGCCUGUUCUGUUUCGCAUUGGCAUCCAUUAGUGAUCUAUCUAUUCGCGACAGCUUGCAUCAAUAGGGAUAACAGUAAGUAUCCACCUACUUCUUUUAUAA